CCAUUCCACCUCAAACUCGAUCGCGCACGGACGCCGCCGUCUCUCUCCUCUCCUCUCCCAGACUUGACUGAGGCACUGCCUCGCCGCGCGCCGUCUUGCCGGCGGACACCCACUGCUCACCAUUUACCACCACUACCCUGCUCCCCGCCGCCUCCCCUCCUUCCACAGCACCCCCCUCCGCAUCCCUCCGUACCAAGCAGAGGCCGGGCAUCUAAUCCAGCUCGAGGCUGCCGGCGCCGAGCCGGCGCUCUCGGCGGCGCAUCCUCCUUGGCUCGGUACCCCGCGCUCCUUCCCGGCGCGCGGAUUCGCGGCACAUCCACUCCGGCCACCGCGGUGGCGCCGCAUCCGGCGUCCUUUCGUCUGCGUCGCCGCCAGCCAGUGGCGCACAAGGUGUUCGACGUAAGUUCCCUGAGGGAGUUCUGUUAUGUUCUUGGCCAGACGACCAUCUGGGUUGUCUAAUAUCAGCAGGCUCUGCAUUCUCCACACCGUUUCUUGGAUACUCUCAUCGAGGCGGGCACGAUUCAGUGGCGGUAGCGAUGAUGCCACUGCGACUUCUCUCUGCCGGCUGUCAGAUCUUUUCCGCCCAGUCCGGAUGGACAUCAGCCGUGUCAUCUUGCGGGCACUUGAAUCCGGUACAUGUUCGGAGUCGGUGGAGCUGGAGAGGCUUGACGUCGAGCUGGAUCCUUUUGUUGUCAACUUGGUGGUCCGUGGCUUGUCGGACUCAGAGACAGCGGUGCGGUUUUACUUGUGGGCAGAGUCCCGUCCGGGAUUCGAUCAUAGCCAGUUUGCAAUAGCGUACAUUGUGAGCUUGCUGUUUGUAGAUGAAAAUUUUGCUCUGUUGUCGGAGUUCCUGGGGACAGUGAGGAGCCAAGGGGUGGCACUGCAUCGAUCACUAUAUCGGAUCCUUUUGUCUGGCUAUGUCCGAGCUGGCAAGUUUGAUUCGGUCAUAGAGACAUUUGAUGAGAUGGUCAUGUCAGGUUGCCGUGAGUUUGGUAUCGACUACAAUAGGUACAUAGGUGUUCUAAUUAAGAACUGUUGCUUUGAUUUAGUGGAGAAGUAUUAUGGCAUGGCGCUCUCGAAAGGUUUUUGUCUGACUCCAUUCACUUACUCAAGGUGGAUCUCUGCAUUGUGUCAAUCAAGUAGGAUUGAGCUUGUAGAGGAGCUUCUGGCUGACAUGGAUAGAUUUGGCUGUUCUCCAGAUAUUUGGGCUUGUAAUAUAUACAUCGAUUAUUUGUGUAAACAGAACAGGUUACAUGAUGCACUGCAGAUGGUAGAGAAGAUGCGGGGGAAAGGAACCAGCCCAGAUGUUGUGACUUAUACAACAGUUGUUGGCUGCUUAUGUAACAAUAAGAGGUUCUCAGAAGCAGUUGGACUUUGGGAAGAAAUGGUGAAGAUGGGCCUUAAACCAGAUGUUGUUGCCUGUGGUGCACUGAUCUUUGGGCUGUGCAAGAAUAGCAAGGUUGAAGAGGCUUUUGAACUGGCAUCAAGGAUGUUAAGUCUGAACAUAGAACUGAGUGUCUCAAUAUACAACGCCCUAAUAAGUGGCUUCUGGAGAGCUGGGAGCAUUGAUAAAGCCUACACCAUCAUAUCAUUCAUGCGGACAAACGGAUGUGAGCCAGAUGUUGUUACAUAUAAUAUCCUCUUGAAUCAUUACUGCACUAUAGGUAUGAUAGAGAAAGCUGAAAAAUUGAUAACAAAGAUGGAAACAAGCGGUGUAAAUCCUGACCGAUACAGCUAUAAUCAGCUGUUGAAAGGGCUCUGCAAAACUCAUCAACUGGACAAGGCAUUUGCUUUUGUUUCUGAUCAUAUGGAAGUUGGUGGGUUCUGUGAUAUUGUAUCCUGUAACAUAUUGAUUGAUGCAUUUUGCAAGGCCAAAAAGGUAAAAUCUGCACUGGAGCUGUUCAAGGAAAUGGAUUAUAAGGGAAUGCAAGCUGAUGCUGUGACAUAUGGGACUCUGAUCAAUGGUCUUUCCAGUGUAGGAUACUAUAAUAUAGCUGAAGAACUUUUUGAGCAGAUGCUGAAGGCUCAGAUUGACCCUAAUGUUAAUCUGUACAAUAUAAUGCUUCAUCACCUGUGCAAGGUUGGUGAUCUCAAACGUGCUCAGAAAAUAUUCUCGCAUAUGAUUCAGAAGGAAAUCUUACCUGACACUGUUACUUAUAAUACACUCAUAUAUUGGCUUGGAAAAAACUCAAGAGCAAUGGAAGCCCUUGAUCUCUUCAAGGAUAUGAGGACACAGGGAGUAGAACCAGAUAGCUUGACAUUCAAGUAUUUGAUCAACGGCCUCCUGGACGAGGGAAGAUCUACACUAGCUUAUGAGGUAUGGGAAUAUAUGAUGGAAAAUGGAAUCAUUCUCGACAGAGAAGUUUCUGAAAGGUUGAUAAGUGUGCUUAAAUUGAAGAACAAGUAGCAGCCAAAUUCUUGGAGAGGUUUAGCUACUAGAAGUUGUCCUGCCUCUGCCACCUCCGUGCACCUACCUCCAGAGCUUCAAUAGUUGGUUCUAAGCUCGUCACUUUGCAGUUACACACAACAUGGAUGCCCUCCUCCCUUUAUGCAUAGCUGGACCAGACGUCCAGACCACGGCAGACACGUGAAAGUAGCAAUGGACAAGGUGUCGUCUCCAAUGCAUCUACAACAUGUUUAAUGUUGGUCCUGAGUUCUCAACUUUUUUAUGAGAAAAUCUGCAAGGCUGCUACCUUCAGCAUACAAUAUAAUCCUGAGGGCAGGAACAAGAGCUUCUUUCUGACUUUCCAUGAUACAAACUUCUCUGCACGUGAACAGGCUAUAUUCAGUUCUGUAGGCAGUUGCAAUGAUUUCAUCUAUAUCCCUAAGGGCUCCUGGAUCUGAAUAGUGAAUACUUCAAGAGUGAAGAGUGUGAAAAUGAAGUGUCUUGAGAAAAUAGUCUUAUAUCCUCCAAUGACAGGUACCUUUGGGGCAUUCAGUAGAGUUGCUUACCGUUGUACAUAUAACAUGGUGGCAGUACUAGAGGAAGGGCCUGGGAAGAGGAUGUUUGGAAGAGGAUUGGAAACUAUAUUUGCCGAUCGAAAGUCCAUCAUUCCUGUGGUCAUUUUGUCAUAGCAGUCGCCUAUUGCAUCACAUUAGAUGUGUGGUAUGCAACAUGUUUUUCGAAGAUGGGGCCAUUUGUUUUUCAUGUGCAAAAGACGUUGGAGAGCUAUCCAACUGGAGCUGAUUCAGGAGGACUUGCUGAUGGUGGUCGUGAUACAGAUCCUUCAGCUACCGAGUGAGCAAAUGAUGGCGUAGUUGUGUACUUUCCUCUGCUGCUGAUGGGCUGCGAGAAAUAAAAUGAAUCACGCGGAACCCUAGUGUCAGUCAAUGAGUUUCUGUACACGAUGGGCUAGCAUAUUUCUGAGUGGAAAGAGUGCUGCUCUCCGGACACCACCACCUGCAGGCCACAUCAUGAUCAUAUGGCGCUUUCUCGAGGAACCCAGGACAGACAGUUGGGGUUGAGUCAAAAGGCAAGAGGAGCUAAGCAUCACUUAGGUGACAAAGGUGCAAGCCUUCUGGCCUGUCAUGUCGUGGCACUUUCAAAACUGUUGAGAUCCUGGGACCAGAUGAUGCCAGACGUUUGAAGAUUUCUCAAUCUAUGCUUGUCUUCAUCUCCGGCACUGAAACAAUGUAGAAUUCAAAAUCAGAUUUUGUUUCCCUGUGGAGGUUGAGAAUUUUGCCUUUUUUUUACGUCUCAGUUUUGAUACUGGAAUAGACCUGCAGUGCCUGCUGAGUGCUGACAAGGAGAGUUUUGCGGUAGUGUUGACAGCCAAUCGAUGUUGUAUCUGUUGUAAAGUAUCAUCCCAUAAACAUACAAAUGAAUCACAUCAGUCAGGGUUUUCCCCAUGAAUCUUAA